AUGCAGUUCACCACCGUUGUCUCUCUGGUCGCCUUCAUGGCCGUCCAGGCUACUGCCACCCCCCUGGCUGAGCUCUCAGAGCGCCAGACUGCCAGCGGCUGCAACUACUUCGCCGCGCCUCGCUGCUGUGUGCCAACAGUCUGCCAGUGCGCCAACGGAGCCGUCUACCAGGUCAACCAAGACAACGUCAACGCCGGCCGCCACGGCUGCGACCCCCCUUGGGGCUACAUCGCCGCCAGCAACUCGCAGUUCCCCGGCUACUGCUGCCGUCUGGCCGAGGGCCAGGUGUUGGAGGGUGUUACGGGUGAGGAGGCUCUGCAGUAUCUCAGCCCUGACCGUUUCGAUCUUGCGAAGUCGGAGUAA